AUGACUGUUUGUUUACGAAUACCUCCAGUGCGUACAUCCGGUAGCAUCACGGGAGCACAAGCUAAUGGUGCCAACAGUGGUAGUUCAUUGCAAGGUCAACAACAGUCUCAGCCAGUAGUUCAAGCAACGCCCCGGGCAGCAACAUCGAUUCCAACUACAAAAUCUCGAGUUCCUGCAAAGAAAACAACAGCAAAUUCCACUUCAAGAUCAGCACUAAUGGUAACAGCUAAUUCAGUAGCUGCUGCAGCCUGUAUGUCUGGCCUGGCAACUGCAGCAUCAGUGCCAAAGGUUGAACCAGGAAAGAACGCUGUUUCUGCGUUAGUGCCAAAGGUUGAACCUGUAAUGAAGGCUUCCCCUGCAGCAGUCUCUCUUCCUCGCCCAUCAGCUAUAUCAUCGGCACUGAAUGCUGAACCCGUAAAGAAUGCUUCCCCGUCUGCAACGUCUUUUCCUCGUCCAUCAAGUAUGUCAUCAGCAUUAAAAGCCACUUCGGCAGCCUCUUUCCCUCGUCCAUCAGGUAUAUCAUCAGCACUGAAUGUUGAGGCUGUCAAAACCCCUUCAGCAGCCAUUUUGCCUCGUCCACUAGGCGUUAUUUCAGCAUCAAAGGCUGAGCCUUUUAAAGCCGCUCCGGUAGCUUUUUCGCCGCGUCCGUUGGGUACUAUAUCAGCUUCUUUUUCUAGUCCAUCAGGUACUAUAUCAGCACGAAGAGCUGAGCCUGUAAACACCGGUUCUGCAGUGUCUUUGCCUCGUCCGUCAAGUAAUCUAUCAGCAUCGAAGGCUGAGCCAGUAAAGAGUGUUGCUGCCACUGGCGCUUUGAAUGCAAGGAAUGCAGUUACUGGAAGCCCAAGACAGAUGCUAUCUUCGUCACCUUUUAAUAAACCGUCAACUAUGGCUCCGUUCUCCAAAGGGCCUACAAUUCAGAAUAAUCCAGCUCCUGGUUUUGCGUCGUCAAGAUUGGCCCCUACACAGAGAGUUCCUGCGGCUACUGCACAAAAGGCAAAUGCGGGAGCGAGAGUUACUGCUACUUGCAAGCCUGUUGGUGUGCAGGCACAGGGAAACAGAGCAAACCCAUUGGUUACACCAACACUCCAACCAAAUAAAGCCAUCACAACGAACUCAGUGAUUAGCACAGCAAAACCGGUGGCUGCAAAAGUGGAGACUCCUACUAUUUUGUCUAAGCAUACCCAAGUACCCCAGACUGAAAAAGAGAGUAGUGCCACGGUUUCACCUCUUGUUGCGACUGAGGCUGAAUCAAAACCUAAGGGCGAAGAAAGUAAAGGAAAAAGUCCUGAUGUUGCAACCGUGACAGCGAGCGAGAAGAAGGGGUUGUAG